UCGACGUUGUCAACAGUGAUAGACGUGUCUCCCAUUCGUUCUCCAGUUUAUAAUCUGUGGCGUAUCUUAGUGAAUUGUUUGUUUGUUAUCAAACAUUUUGCUCCGAAAAGUGGAUUUAAAUAAAAAGUGCUACUUACUGUACAAAUAAAUACAAGUACACAGUUAAACGAACGAUAAAAUUACAAGAUAUUUUGUAAUUUACACUGAAUUAAAGUGUUUACCAUUUUGAGGUUAUAAACUUAGUUUGGUGAAAACUAAAAGUAAUAUACCAAAAUGGUUUGUGAGAAAUGUGAGAAGAAGUUGGGCCGUGUGAUCACACCGGACCCUUGGAAGUCAGGAGCCAGGAACACAGUGGAAUCUGGAGGGAGGAAAGUUGGAGAAAAUAAGGCCCUUACUGCAAAGAAAGGGCGAUUCAAUCCUUACACCAGCAAAUUUCAAGAAUGCAGAAUCUGCAGAACCAAAGUCCACCAAGUUGGAUCCCACUACUGCCAGGCCUGCGCCUACAAGAAGGGGAUAUGUGCUAUGUGCGGCAAAAAAAUAUUGGACACUAAGAACUAUAGACAGAGUUCUACAUAGAACCUUGUUUAGUUAGUUAAAAUAUUUACUGCUGUACUCAGAGUCAUUUAAUGAUUGCUUUACCCAGUCCUU